UCGAGCAAAUUCCCAGCUUUUAAGGAAAUUCCCAUCGUUCGCGAAUAAUCCCUUGGCUCGCACAUCACUAGCCUUCGUUCGACACACACCAUAGCGUGCCAUGAAUAACAAUGUCUAUAUAUAUCCCGGCUUUUGUACAGAACUGACGUAAAUUCGGAUAGUGCUGUUAUCGAUCUAUGAAUAUAUCGAUUUCUGUUUAUAAAUUCUCAGUGUUGGUUGACUAGUCUUUAGUGCAACCGGUUUCUGUGAGAAUAGUUUUUGUGUUGAGUGAAUAAAGUGUAACAAGGAAAAAUAUUAAGUGGAAUGUCUUACAAAGGAUCGGAUAAUGAGGAUGAUGACGAUCUCUUGGGUAGGAGCCGGCCGCCACCAUACCAGGGGAGCGCAACUCGAUUGCCCCCCGCUGCGAGUGCCGCAACCACCAACAUGCACAACACAUCUUCGACAGCCGCCGGCGGACCGGUGACCGUCGUGACUGCCCAACCGACCUACCCUGCAGCAGUCAUGUACCAGGGGAACAUGAACUUUGUACCAGUCGGCGUCAACGUGGGACAGGGACCUUUCAUAGGCCCCAAGGAGUCUCCAAUGACCUGCCCCUCCUGUCAGCAGAGGAUUACCACUAAAGUUGAAUACCAGGCCACGAUGAGAACCCAUGUUUGUGCUCUCAUGUUCUGCAUGGUUGGGUGUAUACCGUGCAUGAUCAUCCCGUACGUCAUGGACAGUUGCAAAAACGCCGACCACUACUGUCCCGAGUGCAACGCCUUCCUCGGCACCUACAUACGAGUCUGAUAAUAUAAUCAUGUGAUAAAUAUGGAUGUAAGAAUGUUCUCUAGCACAGUUAGAGCAAAAUGCAUUUAGAAACUAUGUAUUUCCACCCGUGACCACUGUCGGUGUAAUUUGGCCGAAAUGUCGGGUAAAGAAAAGGUAUCGUAGGUACCUUUGUUUAUAGAAAUACAUCGUGAAUAAGUCCCGAUUGUGUAUAAUUAGUACCUAAGUAUGCGUGUUAGUCACGAAAGCUUAAACAUCUUCAGAAACGAUGUAGAGUCCAAUUUAUUGUAUAGAGUGUAGCUACUUUCAAUUAUUUCUUAUUUAAUCCUAAUAAAUAUUAAGAUAAUUGAAGAGUUCGGAUGAAUGUCUAGAUUAGAAAACGAUAUUAUGAUUAUGUAUAAAUAAGUCAAUUUAGAUAAUUAUUUUUGUAUACUUUUUGUGUAACCACAUUUGACAAAUGUGCCUUAUGUUUUAAGUAAAAAUUAUGAUAAUUACAAAAACUUAUAUGCUGUUGCGUUCUGCUGCUUCCUUAUCCAAAAACUUGUGAACUAUGUUAAGUUUCGUUAUAGCAUAGCCAACUGGUUUCUACACAGUGAACCUUUAUAUAUGUGUUAUUGAGAAUAAAAUCAGAGGAUAACCUACUUCAAAUAGUUGGGAACGAAACAAUAAUGUAUGUUAAUUUUUUACUUAGAUAAUGAUUUUGUAAGUAAAUAAUUGAAAUGUU